AUGGGCAGCAUUCGCAGCUGUGAAGCUACGGAGCAAAAUCUUCGUGCCCAUCUGUUUGACUCGACAGUUCUUCUAGCGCUCUGUUACGCAGCGGAGACGUGGUCAGACACCGCUGCCACGUCUAAGAAGCUACUUACUACCCACAGAGCCCUUGAGAGAUGCCUUCUGAAGUUUCACCGGCGCACACAACACCUGGCCGGUCUUCGCAGCUCCGACUUAAGAGGAAUGUCCCGUCUUCGCGAGCCAGCAGAAUAUGUUUCGAAAGCAAAACAUAGAUGGGCAGGUCACAUCGUGAGAAGAAUCGACGUUAGAUGGACUGAAAAAACGCUAGAGUGGAUCCCAAGAGAUGCUAAACGCCCUCGAGGGUGA